UGAAUUGUUGCUCUCCUUCUAACUCUAGACUUGACUAUGUGAUUUGCUUUGACCACUAGAACAACAGCAAAUGUGAUGCAAGCAGCGGCUUGAAAAGUGCGUUGCACACUGGACUUCCUCUCUUGCUGCCCUUGGGGCCCCUCCCACCACUGCCACAUCCAAACCCCAGGCUGGCCCAGCACAGUGGCUUGUACCCAGAAUCCCAGCACUUAGGGAGGCAAAGGUAAAAGGAUUACAUGAGUCCAGGAGAUCGAGGCCAGCCUGGGCAACAUGGCAAGACCCCAUCUCUACAAAAAAUCAACAACAGCUUUUCUGGUCCCGGUCGCAGAAGCAGGAUGACAAAGGGAAUGUCAUCGUUUGGGAAGCGUCGCAAUAAAACGCACACGUUGUGCCGCCGCUGUGGCUCUAAGGCCAACCACCUUCAGAAGUCGACCUGUGGCAAAUGUGGCCACCCCGCCGAGCGCAAAAGGAAGUGUAACUGGAGUGCCAAGGCUAAAAGACAAAAUACCACCGGGACUGGUCGAAUGAGGCACCUAAAAAUUGUAUAUCACAGGUUCAGGCAUGGGUUCCGCGAAGGAGCAACACCUAAACCCUAGAGGGCAGCUGUUGCAACAUCCAGUUCAUCUUAAGAAUUUCA